AUGGAGAAGAUUUCGACUGUCAUGUUCAAGAAAUGGCUGACUUCGACUGAGAACGGCGACCAAGCCUCCGAAACGACUCCACUGUUCUUUCAGCCACUGCAGCGAGUAGACACAGCAGCUAUAGAGGCAUUCCAGUCAUUUCAAGAGAUCAACCGGUUCGUUAAUGAACUGAUGGAACUGUGUGUGAAGAGCAACCAGUAUGAACUGAUUUCCCAAAUGAACUCCGCAAUGAUGACGAAAGCCAAUGAAAUCGCAGGGGCGAUUGGAGUGAAUACUGAACUCUUCCUACAAAGGAUUCCUACCCUCGCACAGCUGUCCACAAGAGAUCCACCAAGAAAUCCUGUCGAGAAGGCUGCCGAGAAAUACGUCACAGUACCUCAAUAUGGUCACGAAGAAUCAAACGAAACCACCACCGAACUGCGGAAGUCAACCACCUCUGAACAAUGCGAAGAGAGAAGAAUGUGA